AGAAGAGGCGGGCGGAAGUGGAUUUGUUUACUGGUUGCUGCUUCAGACAGGUCCUACCGGGAAAUGGACAAGGACGAGGACCCGGUCCAAACAAAUGGCAGUAAAACUCUGCUUAUCCGCCACUUACCAGCUGAGCUCAGCCAGGAUGAGAAGAAAGACCUCUUAAAUUAUUUUGGAGCAGAGUCAGUCAGGGUCUUCUCGACCACAGGCCGUUUGAAACAUGCAGCCUUUGCAACCUUUAGAAGUGAGAAGUCAGCAGCAAAAGCUCUUAGCAGGCUCCAUCAGUUAGAGAUUCUUGACCAUACGCUUGUUGCAGAGUUUGCAAAAGGCCAAGAUCAUGUGACAGUAUUAAAGGACCCACCAGUGUCAGACAGUGGCAAACACGUGAGGGUAGAGCAGAAGAAGCAGGAGACCAAACAGCCAGACAUUCCGCUCAUAGAGACGGGCAUUGCGCCUAGCCUUGGGUUGAAAUAUCCACUGAAUCCCACUUUGAAAUAUUUAUACCCACCACCUUCUAAUGGCGUUCUGACAAAUAUAAUGCAUGCCCUCAUGAGUGUGCCAAAGUUUUAUGUUCAAGUGCUACAUCUGAUGAACAAAAUGAAUUUACCAUGUCCGUUUGGCCCAGUCACUACCAGACCCCCCAUGCAGUUUGAGUUCCUGCCUCCUGCUCCACCCAUCCCCAUGCCCCCACCCUUCCCCCCUAACUACCCCCCUCUACCAGAGGAGGAGAUGGAGCUGUCCAGCGAAGAAGAAUCAGAGUAUGAGAGUGGGGACGACGAGGACAAGGAGAGGAUUGUUCGUCUGAUGGGCCUGGUCAGCCAAGCAUGCAAGAGACCCCUGAGACCAAAAACAGCUUCAAAGAGAAAGAAGCCCAAGAUCAAGGAUCUACUCUAUCCUCCCAAACCAGACUCUCAGAGCGGUCCAGUGCUGCAGCCCUCCGAUGUUUUUGAGCAGCCCCACCCUGCCAGGCAGAAGAAAAUUGAAUUCCACAUUUCGGUUCCAGAGGUGGCAGCCAUAGUGGAAGGAAGUGUGCCGGACCGGCCUGAUGAUGAAGGCAGAGAAGUGGAUGAGAGGGAGCGCGCAGCCAGCGGCAGCCAGGAGUUGGCAGAGGCUGAGGGUUUUGGGAAGCUUUACCCCAGCGCCCAGGCAUCCCAACAGCAAGAGGAGCAGAGCGACGAUGAGCAGGAUCUCACCUCAGAUGUCAUCACCAGAAAGGAGCUGGAGAAAGGACGGCUGUCGAGAGAUGAGAUAAAAAGGAUGUCUGUGUUUAAAAGUUAUGAACCGGGCGAGCCAACCUGCAGACUGUACGUGAAGAAUAUUGCAAAGCAAGUGGAAGAGAAAGACCUGAAGUACAUCUAUGGGAGAUACAUCAACCCUUUGUCAGAAGCUGAGAGAAACAUGUUUGACAUUGUAUUAAUGAAGGAGGGGCGGAUGAAAGGGCAGGCCUUCGUAGGACUCCCUAGUGAGCAGAGUGCAGAGAAAGCCCUGCGGGAAACCAACGGCUACGUUCUCUAUGACAAACCCCUCGUUGUUCAAUUUGCCAGAUCUGCAAGACCAAAACAAGAUACCAAUACGGACACCAAGAGAGGACCACGACAACGAUGAACUCAACUGAUGCCAAGGCUUGAUACUGUGGCCCAGCAGAACCAUUUGUAUCCUUAUUCUGGCAUAUCCUUUGGGAAAAAAA